AUGACCACUGGGACGAAUAUAAAAGAUCGAUGUCGUCUUUGUUAUACACGUAUAAAAGAUACAUCAUCCUUACAUCAUAAAAUCUGGUGUUCCCAACAUAAUAAUCGUAUCUAUAAUAUAUACAAACGUCGUCCAUUUCGUUAUCGUGAUUUAAUUGUACGGUAUUUAUGUAUAAAUUUACCUGAAACUAAUUUAAAUGAUCAUUAUUCUAAUGUUAUUUGUGGUACAUGUGCAACAUCAUUAACUAAACUUGAAACAGCAUAUCGUACAUUUGAUCAAACACAAAAAACACUUCAGUCAAAAUUUCGUAAAACAUCACAGAUAACUCAAUAUCAACUUGAUAAAAAAAUAAAAAUAUCUUCGCAACCAAAACUGUCAAUUGAACAAAAAACAAUUGAACCUAAACGAUUAUCGAAACGUAAAGGAGCACCUAAACAUAUUGAUCAAACAUUGAAUAACAAUAAUAAUAAAAAACCAAUUAGUAGUGUACAAUUAAUUGUUAAAAUUCAAUCACCUAAUCAUGAUAAUAAUAAUAAUGAUGAUGAUGAUGAAAGAGAAGAUGAAUCAGUGGAAACAACUCAAAAUUUAUUUUCAUCAUCAUCAUCAUCAUUACCAAGAAAACGAACAAGUCCAAGACGAAAACAUGAUAUAUUAACUGAAACAACAAAUCAAAAAAAGAAAUUUAAACGUUCAACGAAAGAUUCAGAGUUAACGAGUAUUACAUCUGAUACAUUGAAUUAUGAAUCCUAUAAUUGUAUUAAUCUACUUAAACCGAGUACAUCAACUGAUACGUCAAUUCAUACUCUUCCUUCACUUAAUUUAACAACACCCGGUUCUAGUUCUUCUUCUUCAUCAACAAUCAAUAGUCGACCAUUCAACUCGGUGAAAGGCAAUCACAUUGAGCGUAUUGCUGUUUCUCUAUUAUCGGGAACAGAAACUCUUUCUGAUAAUGGUAUUAAUAAUUUGAAUGUAUCAAAUGGUAUCAAUGAUCAUCUAUCUGAUCAUAAUUCAUCAAAAGCACGUACACGUCGUAAACCAACAUCAUCAUUAACUACACCAUUAGAAGUUACAACAACAAAUAAUAUUUUAUCAACAACAUAUACAAAUGUUGCAACAAUUUUAUCACCAUCAUUAGAUGAUGCAGAUGAUGAUGGUCUUUCAACUGGUGAUAUUAGUAAUGAUGAUUCAAAUUUAAGUACAAAUGGUAUACAACAAAAUGGAGCAAAUAUUCCAAAUGUUAAUAAACAUUUAUCAUCAACAAUAUCAACAACACCAACAGCAGAAGGUUUAACAAUAACAGCUAUUAAUACAACAGGACAAAAACAAGUUUUUAUGGCUAAACAAUUGGGAAAUUUAAAAAAAUAUCAAUGUGGUCUUUGUGAAAAGAUUGUUACGAAUAUUCAAAUACAUGUUAGACGACAUACAAAUGAUAAACCAUAUCCAUGUACUUAUUGUGAAAAACGAUUUACUAAUUCAGGAGAUCUUCAAAUUCAUGUACGAAUUCAUACAGGUGAAAAACCAUAUGCAUGUCCAUUAUGUUUGAAAAGUUACCGAACGAUAGGUAAUUUUAAUAGUCAUGUUAAAACACAUGAUUCAGGUGUUCGACCUCAUCGUUGUGAGUUAUGUGAUCAAAUAUUUCCUAUACCAAAAGAUUGGUAUUCACAUUUACGUUCAAGUCAUCGAUCACGAAUACCAAAUAAUAGUCUUUCAACUACAACAACAACUACAACAACAACAACGAAUUCAAGUUCGUCAUUAAAUUCAACAAAUGCAACAACAACUGUAACACAACCAUUAUUUUCCAAUGCAUUAUCAAGUCAACAACAACAUAAUGAAAUAUUUGUACCGAAUAAAGUUAAAUUAGAACCAAUUAAUCGUUCACAAUUAAUAAUUAAAUCAUCGAAUGUUGAUGAUCAAGAACCUGUGAAUAUGUCAAAAAAAGAGAAUUCAAAUGAUAUCGAUGAAAAUGAAGAAAAUAAUGAUGAAGAUAAUGCUGUUGUUGAUGAUGAUGAGGAAGAAGAUGAUGAUGCAGAAAAUCAUCAUCAAACAACACAUAAUUUAUUAACGAAUGUUUCAUCACCUGUUCAUGCUUAG